AUGCUAUAUACGUCUCAGGUUCGAACCCUGAAUCGACCUGAAACAAAAAGCGAACACAAUUAUUCAAUUCAAAGAGAACGCUGUUUAAUGACACAUUCACGUUUUCUCGAUGAUCGAGAAGGACAUGGAAACCUAUUACUUCCAGUUCAAGGAUACAAAGACUGUCCAUUACUACCAUUAGAAGAAGCCGUGAAACCUAUUAUACAUCUAUGUGAAAACUUAUUAGCUAACGUUUGUGUUAUUAAAAAAAGAUGUGAAACUAUAGUUGAUGAUGUCCUUUCAAUCGAUGAAUUAGCUUCAAUUCAAUUAUAUACAACUGAAUGGGUUCCCAGUGAAAACACUGUUUAUUAUCAGCUCAAUCAUGUAUUACGAUCAAAAGAACGUGUUUUGUGUUCGAUCCCAGCUUCGUACAAGGAUUGA